AACAAACUGCUUUUUUUAAAUCACAAAAAUAUAUUCCCUUGUCUUCUCUCUCUCUCUCUUUCUUCUUCUCUUUCUUUAGAUAUCAUGACUAGAAUCAUUCUACUUCUUAUAGCUUCUUUACUUGCACAUGUCAGUAUCACACACGCUUUUGAUGAAGGAUCUGUCAUUUUGCCUGUCUGGAACCAUCCUCUCGAUGGUCCUCCAGGAGGUCCUGCACCUCAAGCAACUGCCUGUGCCAAUGCAGGACAGAUUGCUGUCACCUAUAAUGAAGGUCCUAGUGAUGUUACUGCCAAAGUGCUAAAUGGUUUAAAAGCAGCUCAAGCCAAAGCUAAUUUCUUUGUGAAUGCUACUUGGCUCUAUACUCAACAAUAUGCCAUGAUCUUACAACGUGCUUAUAAUGAUGGCCACUUUAUUGGUAUGACUUACCGUCUUCCAGGUGAUUCUUCAGAAGGCUUCACAGACGAUCAAAUCAAGGCAGACGUGACCAAUACAGCCAAGAUUAUUGAGACUCUGAUUGGUGUGGCUCCUAAAUAUGUGCGAUUGCAUUAUUCCCAACCUGAAGAUGUUCGUCUAGAGAACAUUAUCCGUGAUAUGGGCUAUACCUUGGUUGCUUAUAACUUGGACACAGCAGACUAUAAUUUCAAGAACAAUCCAGAAGGUAUUUCUGAUUUGUACAAGCAAGUGUUUGCCAAACAACUGGAUACCUAUGAUUCCAAGGGUUCUUUUAUCUCUGUUCAAUAUGAUAUUCCUGAUACUGGCUCAUGGCAAGCAGUGUAUGAUGUAAUUCGUACGAUCAAUGAUGCUGGUUAUACCAUGGUUCGCUUAGACGGUUGCCUGAAUGAUAAUCAACCCUAUAAACAAAGUGCUGAUUCAACCAAAUUUGUCAGUGAUAAGCAUUCAUUUGGACAAUCCAAUUACAAAUCAGGACAAGUAUCGCCUGAAAAACCAACCAAUAACAGUGCUCAGUCCAAUAUAGCAGCAGCAGAAGCAGCAACUAAAGAAGAAGAAGAAGCCAUGAAGAAAUUUACAGGUACAGGAUCUAUUUACAAGUUUGAAUGGACACAUCUUGUUCUUGGUCUGGUUGCUCUUUUUUGUACUUGGGCUUUUUAAAAUAAAUUAAAUAAAUCGUGUUUGAUUCGUCCGGCAAAGGCAAAGAAAAA